AAUCAUUAAAAGUGGAAAUCAAGCCACAACCAUGGCACAUCUCAAGAAACCUGUCGAUGUGUAUUCUGCCAAGGAGGUGAUGAAAAGAUUUCCAGAUAUGGCAUAUUCUCUUAACAUGAAGGAUGUCUUCCAGAAAGCUGUUGAUAUCUUAUAUGGGAAGGAUUUUCUCAUCAAAUGUGAUCUAUCUAAGCGAAUGCAGUUUUCAUGCCAGAUUUGCAAUCGAGAAAUGAAUUCAGAAAAUGCUGUGGCUGAUCAUUAUAGAUCAGGAAAUCACCAGAAGAAUCUAGACAAAAAAGUGAGAGAAAGUGGUGAGCCGUCUUACUCAAGUAGGGCUUCAGAUUUUGCCUCUAACUCCUUGCGACAUCGACUUCUCAGCAGCCAAAUCAAACCUCUUGGUCUCCAAAUGGUUGAAGAGUUUGAAAAAUACCGUGAUCAUAUGUAUUACAAGUGUAAUCUCUGCGCAGCACAUGGCAAACUAGAUGCUAUGUAUCACCAUCUCAUCGGCAAUAAACAUACUGAGAGAUACAUAAAAUCAGCUUGCCUCUUGCAAAAUUCAGUAUUGACUGGUAAUGAACGUGAAGAAAUUCGCAAACAACUUGUAAAGAUAGAGGGCAUUAACUGCGAAACAAUAAAGACUUACUAUGGUUCGGAAUUUUAUCCAAGAAAAUGGGAACAAGAUGGUGCUGUUAAAAAGUCUACCUUACAUCAUCCUGUCAAGAAGGAGCUUGAAUCUGGCACUUCUUCAGACUCUUCAUCACCAAUGCCUUUUAGAAGUAGAUCCCCUUUAUGCCAGAGGUCCAGAAGUAUGGCAAACUCUCCAAAUAUGUCACCAAAGAGAUUCAAGCGAUCGCCGAGGUCAAGGAAAUCAUGGUCACCUGUAAGGUCACCAAAAAGACCAACAAGAUCUCCAUCUCUUUCCAGAUUUCGCAACAAAUCACCACCUCAGGAAUGCAUUGAGGCUGCAAAAGCACUCCUAGAACCAAAGCUAAGAGCCCCACCACCACCACCUCUGCAGCAGUUAACUUUGCAACCACCUGUAUCAACACAGCUUCAGAAGCCUUCAAAAAUGGAAAAGAAAGAUAAAGAUGUUCAAAAAUUUGACCUAGAGGAGCUUAUGAUUCAUAUGAACUUUAUCAUUAAAACACAUGAUAUGUAUGAAGGUGAUGUAAAAGAACCAGAUGAUGCAAAACUUGUGAUUGAACUGAUGCUUAAAAUCUCUGAAGCUUUAUAUUCUGUUACUCGCACAACACUUGAUGACAGCAUGCUCAAGUCUGAUCAGAAACAACAAACUUUGAAAAAACAGAAAGAUGUCUUAUUAAAGAUUAUGGGUCAUUUGAAAUAUAGAAUGGAAGCACACUGGCAACAGAAAUAUGCUGCUCAAUAACACAAUAAGAAAAUUUCCCUGAACAUCUAUCUUCAGAUUCUUCAGUCAUAUAAAAAAUGCCUUUAAUAUGAUCAGUAUACAUUUGAUUGACUCAAUCCCCACGUAUGGCAAGAAUAUAUGUCAUGCCCAAUGUAAUACAAGUUUAUUUAUUGUUUUUACACAUAGAUGGCUCUAAAAGUGCUUAGUCACUAAGGAGUUGGUUAUUAAUCCUACCUUUCUCACCU